CAAGAAAAUAUUUACCGAAUGGAGAGCAAAGUAAAAAUAAAAAUUCUGAUAUAAAUUCAUGUGACACAACAAAAAAAAAAAAACAAAAGGGAAUAAAACAGAUCGAAAAGCGUGCGUGUGUGAAACGAGAAUGCCCUGAGAAAUUAAUCACAGUUCUGGCCAUUCGAUUAUAUUGUGUAUAUACAUAUAUACUGUAUAUAUAUUUGUUAAUAUAUCUGCUAUCGUAUACAGAAUGGCCCUUACAUUGAUCCAUUUGCGUCGCCUCAUUCUGCUGCUGAGCAUUGUUUAUCUGGCCGGUGAAAUGCUUCGUCGCCUGUUCACAGGUCAUGAUGAUGCUCCUGAUGAUGUUGACUACUCCAAAGAUGACACCUGGAUGGGAGUGCCAUGGCAUUUGCAUUGGUGGGCCUACAUUUAUACUUGCUACGUCUAUGCUGUGGUUGUCAACUAUGUCACCUUCCGUCAUUUAAACAAUUUGCUGGUCUUUGAGAAUUGAUUAUUUGAUUGCAGUCUACACGAAAAUAAGAGUGAUGAAUCCUCAAACGAUCAUCAUUCAAUUAAGCCGAAGAAAUCACUUUUUUGUAAUGUAAUGAAGAGAGAGAAUUAAGAAAGUCUUUGGAGAAAGUUCAUGGUAAUCGAUUGUGACAUUUUUUCUAAAAUUUAGUUUCUUUACUGUUUAAAGUUCUAAGAUCAAAACAAAAACUAAUAAAGUAAAUAAGCAUUAAAA